AUGGCGAGCCCUCGGCUUCUGGUGCUUUUCGGCAGCCAGACAGGCACGGCCGAAGAUGUGGCCGAGAGGCUGGGCCGCGAGGCCCGGCGUCGGCGGCUGCAGUGCCGGGUGCUGGCCAUGGACUCAUAUUCAGUGGUGAAUCUGAUUAACGAGCCCCUGGUGAUAUUUGUUUGUGCAACUACAGGCCAAGGAGACCCCCCUGACAACAUGAAGAACUUCUGGAGGUUUGUAUUCCGGAAGAACCUGCCACCAACCUCUCUCUGCCAGAUGGACUUUGCUGUCCUGGGCCUUGGGGACUCCUCAUAUACCAAGUUCAACUUCGUGGCCAAGAAGUUGUACCGCCGGCUGUUGCAGCUUGGGGGCCACGCGCUCCUGCCCGCGUGUCUGGGUGAUGACCAGCAUGAACUGGGGCCCGACGCUGCCAUCGAUCCCUGGCUGCACAGCCUGUGGGAGAAGGUGCUGCGGCUGCACCCAGUGCCCCCCGGCCUCAGUCAGAUCCCCCCCGGAGUCCCUCUGCCCUCCAAGUUCACCGUGCAGUUCCUGCAGGGGCCCCCCAGGACUGUGCAGCAGCUGGUGCCCACAACAGAGCCCCAGGGACCCCACUCAGAGAUCCGGCCCUUCCUGGCACCCAUGGUGUCCAACCAGAGGGUCACCAGCACCUCACACUUCCAGGACGUUCGGCUGAUCGAGUUUGACAUCACAGGCUCAGGCAUCAGCUUUGCAGCCGGGGACGUGGUGCUUAUCCUGCCCAAGAACUCGGCCCCUCACGUCCAGCAGUUCUGCCAGGUGCUAAGUUUGGACCCUGAUCAGUGUUUCUCCUUGCAGCCGCAGGAGCCAGAUACCUCCCAUCCUGUGCGGCUGCCGCAGCCCUGCACUGUGAGGUACCUGGUGUCUCAGUACCUGGACAUCACCCGGGUCCCCAGCCGCUCCUUUUUCGAGCUCCUAGCCGGCCUCUCCCCGAAUGCGCUGGAGCGGGAGAAGCUGAUGGAGUUGAGCUCAGCCCAGGGCCAGGAGAGUCUCCAUGAUUACUGCAGCCGUCCCCGUAGGACCAUCUUGGAGGUGCUCUGUGAUUUCCCGCACACAGCGGCCGCCGUGCCCCUUGACUACCUGCUGGACCUCAUACCCCCGAUCCGGCCACGGGCCUUCUCCAUCGCCUCCUCUCUGUUGGCCCUCCCUGGGCGCCUACAGAUCCUGGUAGCUGUGGUGCAGUACCGGACACGCCUCCACGAGCCCCGCCGGGGCCUCUGUUCCUGCUGGCUGGCUUCCCUGGACCCCGGGCAAGGACCCGUCCAGGUACCCCUGUGGGUGCGGCCUGGGGGUCUCGCCUUCCCAGAGACAGUAGACACGCCUGUGGUCAUGGUGGGGCCUGGCACUGGGGUGGCCCCCUUCCGAGCAGCCAUCCAGGAGCGGGUGGCCCAGGGAAAGAACGAGAACUUCCUGUUUUUCGGCUGCCGCCAGCGGGAUCAAGACUUCUACUGGGAGGCGGAGUGGCGGGAGCUGGAAAGGACGGGCUGCCUGACCUUGGUCACAGCCUUCUCCAGGGAGCAGAGUACAGACUUGGCUUUGCUCCACCUGCAGGAGCAAAAGGUGUAUGUGCAACACCGGCUGAAGGAGCUCGGGCCUCUGGUGUGGGGGCUGCUGGACCGUCAUGGUGCCCACUUCUACCUGGCUGGCAAUGCCAAGUCCAUGCCAGCCGACGUAGCGGAGACCCUGACAUCCAUCUUCCAGGAGCACGGCGGCCUCUCGGGCCCUGAUGCAGCCAGCUACCUUGCCAGACUCCAGCGCACACUACGCUACCAGACGGAGACCUGGGCCUAG